AUGAUUCACGUAAGUCGUAUUUCUCAACAAAAGAAAAAGAAACAGUCGCUGUUGAUCCAAUAUAUCAAAAGGGAGAAAAUGUUACCAAAGUGCUGCUGAAUGUUUUCUAUAACUUGAAAAGUUUUGCUCCAUUUUAUUCUUCAUUCAGGCUUUUAACUUUUUCCCUUUCCCUGUAACUUUUUCCCCUGUGCUUUCAGAGGCAAUUUUAGAACAAUCAUUGGGAAUAUUGAGGAUGUUGAAAACUGCCUUGAUACGUGUUUAAUGAAAAAUUUGGUGUCCCCACAUUUUUUCAAUAGGAAAGAAUAACUCUCAGAAAAUUUUCAAUAAGGCGCACGGAAGACAAAUUUCCAUCCGUCUGGGAUACGAUAGGGCCAAUUUCAACGAUUAAAUUUGAGAACACCUCAGUUAGAACAUUUUUCAUACGUUCUUUUCGUACCCAGUCAUUUCUUUUUUCGUCAUGCGCUUACUCUAUAGUUACAUGACAAAUUCUACCUUCUGAACCGAGGAAAGCUGUGUUUUCAGUCAGAUUCGACUAACCAUUUUCUUUCCGGCUUUUGUUUCACUGAAACAUUUUGUGAGAGUAUUUCUUUGAACUUUUUCUUUUGAAAAGUUUUUUUGUCAAGCCUGGUAAAAUAAGCUUGGCGAUAGCUAUGACACAUUAAUUUUUAAAACUUUCUUGAAUUAUUAAAAGUUCUCUGUCAAUUAUUAAAGGUUUGACUAUAAAGAGCCUUCAAAAUUUUGUUUUGAAACUAUCCGCAAAGCAUGCGUCAUAAUUUCUGAUGAGAUCGUAGAAAUGUGAAAGAAACGUUUUUAAUAUGGAAAACAGAUUUCGAUUUCGAAUCGUCAUACCAUCGCUUAUUUUCCUGGGAGCGCGGCCGCCGAGCUGUGUCUUAUUUCUUGCCAAUUGCCUUUCCACCGUCAGUCCUAUUUCUUUUUCGAUUUUUUUACUCUACAAAGAAGCUUCAAUCUUCUAGUUCUCUUGUCAUUUUUUUUGUGGUCAUUAUAUAGAAAAAAGCAUGUUUCUCGAAUCUGAGUAGUCGCCUUAGUUUUUCAGGUUUUAGUUAUUUCAAUAUAGUUGAUUUUUUUUUCACUGUUAGCAUACAAGUUCAUCCUGCCACUUGGUUCAUAAAAAUUUUGAGCACCACUGACUAAAAAGAUCUUCACCCUCAUUCUUGUCGACCGUUCGUUUUACCACGCCACAAAACAUUUCAGUUAACACAAGCUUGCAAAGAAAAUCUUCCAAUCCACCAAAAUGGCUCCGAAACGACGCAAAACCACGCUCAAUGUCUGCGAAGACAGUGGCCAGCCAGGAAGGCAGUUUAAGAUCAGCCGUUUGGAAAAUCCUGGCUACGAAAAUUCGGAAACGAAGAACCGCUACAAUCCCAACUGCGGCUGUUCGGCUUGCGAUGACUUCCGCGACUUUGAACUCAUCGCGGAUCUUAUCCAAAACGUUCCCCACGCCUACAACUUUGUUUACGUUCGUGAUAUGCGCUUUAGCACGAGCAAAAACAAGAACAAAACGUAGAAAACAAAAAUUUUCGGUGACUCACAGCUUUCAUAAAAAUACAAUUUUUUCAUUUUGAAAAAUUUGCAGCACUUUGGUAACACAAAAUAAAAGCUGUUUCCAUUGGUCAUUUGACUGAAAUAGGAUUUCAUCGGGAAGGUUGCCGGAGAGAUUGACGGUUUCAAUUUUGCAGGACACUUGGGGGUCUAAUGUGUUUCCCACCGUCGAACCGCCGGCGCUCGGCUAUUCUGUACCAAACCAAGUGAGUCGGAAAAAAUUCAGAUUGAAUUCAAUGAAGAAUAUGACUACCUAAAAACUAGGCAAUGAACAAAAUAAAUGAAUUAUAACAAACAACCGCCUUGAGUUAGAGCUCCAAACGUGUAAUUGAUCAAGUUGAAAAAAUGGUCUUACGGUCCUGCGCCUUGUUAUUACCGUGAUCUAGGUGGUAGCCCCAAAAUAAGAGCAGCUACUUUUUGGGAAUACAUCACAAGAAAGUCUCAAAGAAAAAUCAACUCAUUUCAGUUAUAAAAGAUACCUAAAAACCUUCCAAAUGAGCGCUCUUCAGCAAUAUGGUCGCGGAAACAGACACGAGCACCACAGUCAGCAGGCUCCAGCCAACUACAUCUACGGCACGACCUACCUGGUGGACCCGCGGACAUCGUCCAACUUCACCGUGCCUACCGUCAACCCGCCCAUGCAGCCGUCGCAGAUCACGCACCGACAAACGUCUCCAGUUCCCGGCUGCAGUUCGGACUAUGACGUGAGUGUCUCUCGCAUGUCUUCUGAGUCCUGGAGUGAAGACCUUGAACCUGAUUGUGUCUGUGUUCGCGAAAUUUAGAUCGGACAACGUUUGCCUGCAAGAUACGAUACAGUCGAAACGUUUAAAAGUUUCAGUUCUAAGCUCCUCCCUUUUUGGAAAAAGAUACGUUUUCAGGAAAGGCUAUAGUAGUCGGGAAAACAUAAAGACGAAAAGAAGAUUUUUCGAGCUUACUCAAUACAAUUAUUUCGAAUGAUAUCGCAAAAACGUAAGAAUCAUCGGAAAUUAAUGAACUAUAGAUACAAAAGAUGACAUCAAAAUUCGAUAAAAGUUGAAUUUUUUUUGCGAUUUCUUUUUCGAAAUUUAUUUGUUCAAAUAACUCAGAGAUUCAAUUGAGUUUCAUGUACAAAUAUAUUUUUAAGGAUAGAAAAUUCUUUUUUGACGUUUUUCAUGUAGAAAUAAAACAUUCAUCUCUGACUUCCUUUUUGUGUAGGAAAACAGGAAUUUUUUGAGCUCGCAGACUUAUACGGCGCCGGCCGAAACAAAGGAAGAGAGUGGCGUCAGCCAAGUAAUAUGACCGGCAUGCCGAAUGAGAAAAGAUUGCGGUGCCAGUUCGCUGGACUUUCCUCUUUUCUCCAGGCGUCUGAAAUCUCUUCGACUCAUUUUUCAUCCAAAAAUGGCUUUUUCGGUUGAAAAUUUUUCGAGUUGGUCUUCUACAGCUUCUUUAUAAGUAAUUCAAGUCAUUUGUGUCAAGUCAGGAAAACUAUCUUCGAUAGUUUUUUUGAAAUUAUUUUGAAAAAGAAACCUAAGAAACCAGAAGUGCUAAAAUAUUCAUUAUUUUGUUUCUUUGAUCUCGAAAAAAAUUGAUAAGUAUAUGAAAUUAUUUUUGUCCCUCUUACUCCUGCUGCUCAAUCACGUGAACGCACUGAGCCAAAAAAGCCGAAAAAAAUUGGAGUUUUUUUCUGAGCUUCUGAAAAAAAUAACCUCAGAUAGGAAUAAAGUUCUGUUUUAUUUUUUUCUGUUAUCUUUUAAUUAAAAAGUUUAUGGUUUUUUUGAAAUCUCUCUAUCAAAAUUACUGAAUAAUUUCUUGUUUUUUUUAUUCAGUAGAUGAUCAGCACAUAAACAAGUAAAUUUGGAAUCAGCACCGAGAAGUUGAAAAAAAGUUAAUCCACUGAAAAAAGAGCAUUUUGCAGUAGAACGUUGUUUCUUUGGCCAUUAGGUAGAGGCACGCUCAACUCGCGUUCUUUUUACACUUUCUCGUUCGGAUCGCCGCAAAUCUUUGCCUCGCCGGCCAUCGACACCUCUGUCUUCCUCCAGAAUUUCCUGAAACUUUGCUGUGAUCAUAUCCUUCCGCUUUUUGCCUGGUUUCGAAAGAUAGUUGACAGUCAAACAUGACUUGAUUUAUGAUUCAAAUCUGAAAAAACAUCGAGGAUAAUUUUUCGCCCAGAAUAUUGUGAAUACCAGUGUAAAAGCGGUUUUUAUUGAGUAAUCUUUUUGAUCUGGUAUUGCAUUUCAAGAAAAGGAAGGACAUUAGGAACUUUCGAACUUUCUGGUAAUCUUUUUCAAACAACUCUGGAGAAUCUACAACCAGCCUCUUUAUAACUCUUAUUUCGGCAAUCGUUUUUUCGUAAAUCGUAUGGAAAUCGAUGCGUUGGUAGUAGGAUCUGAACUGGAGCGAAUGAAAUUUCGGACAAUUGAUGCUUCAAAAAUUGAAAGUUUGCACAAGUUGAAUAUUUCGAGCGAUUUUUUGACGGAAAAGAAAUAAUGUAAAAUCCAUACCUUAUACGGAAGUAUCUUUAAAGCGAUAGACUGUAGAAUUCAAUCAGGUUCGAUGAAUUUUGUGAGGCUUCGAAAAGCGCUUUGAAAUUUUCAAAAUGGGUCUUAAGUUAUGAGCAGAAGUACCUUUUUUCAAAUUUAUAAAGAAUAUAUUCUGAGCUUCCAGAAGCUCGGGUUAAAUAUUUUCAAGCAGACCUCUUUAAUUAUUUUUUUGACCUUGUCCAUGUCGUUAAAAAGCCUCCCAGGCUUUCUAGUCUCUCCAGACUUUGAAUAUAGCUUGAAUGAACUUUCGGAACACUUUGAGAGGUCUAAAGCCACAGAAACAAACAAUCUCGCCGCACAUUUUCGAACAGAGAAAGACAUGCAACAAGAAGGGAAGCACAGUAGUUGGCGUGGACUCGAAACUACGGUCGCAUCCGGUUAGAGCUUUAAGCGGGCGAAUUUGCGCAGAUAGUCUUAUUGUUUGCACUGCUGGGCGUUCUUGCGAGUGGCGCCGACCCCUGAUGCAUAGAGCCAUGUCGUCUUUUUCCGCCUUGCUUCUAUAAUCUUUUUAAUUAAUUUUUUUCGGUUUCAAUUUACAUCAAAUAUCAUAUUUCUAAGCUAAAAAAAUUGAUCGCACUGACAGGAAAAAUUUAUUUUUUUUGGCCCUUAGUAAUUUUCUGAAAUCUGACCAGAACAUUUCUUGAUCCACCAAAAAGAAGAUAUCAAAAUUCUUGAUGUUUAAAACUUCUAGUUUUUGAGAAAUGAAACCUUGAAGCCCCAAAAAUAGCUUAUUUUUAAUGGAUUCUGAGUGUUUCUGCGAAAUUGAGGUGUUUUUUUCAAGGCUUUAUUGAGGCUCUAAAUAAGAGACUCUUUGGUCAAAAUUUGAGUUUUUGGAUCAUUUUGAAUUUAAAAAAAUCCAGGCAACAUGUAGUGAUAUAAUCCUUCUGAACUUCCUAUUUCACAAACUUUUUUUCUUUCUGAAUUAAUAGCAGCUGCAUGUUUAAAAAUAGAUCUUUAAUUUCUGGAUGUGAAAAAAUCUGAGAAAAUAAUUGUUUCUGCUGUUUGCAGACUUUUCCCUAGAAGCGAUCGGAUUUUUUUAAUCAUUUUGUUCCAUAGAAUUAUUAAUUUUUCCAUAAUUGGACUGCUGUCAACUUUUCUGAAAACAUCUCAUUAACUAAUUGAAACUUUCAACAAUUACCGUUGUGUGUCAGACCUCAUAUUAGUAAAGCUUUAUCAUUUCGAAAGCUCAAUAAAAGUUAUUAAAUUUUUCUCUUUAUUAACCACUGACAACUGCUGGUCUAUCGAUAGAUAAUCGUUUUCGUUCCCGUGCUUUUUUUCUGAAACGUAGUGGGAACGAGGGAAUCCCAAGAUUAAACACGCGCCUUGGAUCCCUGGAACUCGCACCUGUCGGUGUGCUAGAGCGAAUGUCGCGGUUGCCCGAGUACUCGGAAAAGUGAUCUCAGGCCACUUUUUGUUCGUUUCUAUUGCCUGAGCGGCUGUCUUACUCAUCCCGAACAGCAAAAACACGAGAAAAAACUAGCUAGAAAACUUGGAGACUUGUCGUUAACGUAGGAUGUUUAAAAUAGCGAUAUCCGAUGAUUCAUGGGUUCUGUCCCUUCUUACUUCCGAAGAAGCUAAAAAAAAAUGAGAAAAGUUUCAGCCGCGUCCGCGUCGCACACGCGGCAUGACGAUGCCCGAGUUGCAGUCGGCUCUUGCCGUCGGUGUUCGUCCUGAGAGAAUCAGGUCCAAGGUUGGUUAUUUAUAUUUGUGUGAGCAAGACCCUGAACAAAAUAACCAUAUAGGAGUUUUUUUUUCCAGAAAUUUUGGCUGAAAACUUUUUGCGUGCUAUUUUGAGUUUUUUGAAGAUCUGACCGCACCAUUUUCCAAUUUUUGCAGAAAUCCGUUUAAAUUUUUAAUCAAUGACAUAUUCAUCGCGCUUUGAAGCAUUUUCUAAAUAAACUAGAUGUUGCAGAGGUUUUUAUUUUUUCACGUCGUCUUAGCCAAAAGUCAGAAAAACAUAAAAAUAAUGCAGGAAAUAAUUUCUUUUGGAAAAAAAGAUUUUGAGGUUAUUAGAUUUCAGAUAAUGCAAUAAUAGUUUCGAAUUAAAUAAUCUCAGAUUUUAAUGAAGCCUUUGAAGGUUAACACGCUGUCUCUGUAACUGUCAAAAACAACGGGUACAAUAAAAAAUUUUAUUUUUUGAUUCUGAUGAAACUUCAUCCAGUGUGAUAACCCAUCAUCAGAAAUGCGGACACAACUUUUUGAGCCAUUUCCUCCUACGGUAGCCGGGUUACGGUAGGCAGGUGGGCACCUGCGUAUCUAAGUAUUGAAGAGUUUUUACUAGGCAAGGGAUAUAUCAAUCGAUAGGUAAUCCAAUUUUAGGAACUUUUACAGUACAUACCAUCUUAGGUUACUGUAGGAAUUUUCGAGUUACGGUAAUUUUUGUGUUUGGAAAGUCGGUUUUUCGGUCACCCUGGCCGUCGGCAUAGAAUCGCAUCGUGAUUACUUUCAUGGAAUAUGUCCUUCAGUAUGCUCUACACGAUGCCACAAAAAGAAGUUAGAAUUUCUAAACCUAACAUCUCGAGAUUUCACUCCGAACGCGCGCAACUUGGCGCUUGGCGGCCAGGGUUGGUCGUGGUUGACGAUUUUUCACAUUUUUCUUUUGUUAGAUAUUGGUGUGAAAACUUUUUGGAAUGUUACUACAGUGUAUUGUGUAAUAUUUAAAAGGAUUUGGAGAGACUUUUAUGCUACAUGUUCAGCCGAAAUUUCGCUUUGAACUCAAUUUUUGCUUGGAAAAGCGCGAUUCCCUUCGGAAAGUCGAAUUUUUUUCUCUUUCCAACUGUGUCGCUGUUUUUGAAGCUUUCAAAUAUGAAACUAGCAUCUUCAAGGUAUCAAUUCAUGAGACUUUUCUUGACUUCCACCGAACCCGUCCUGCCGAAACUCCGUUUUGAACUUACUAUUGGCUUGAAAGAGUAAUUUUUGCCCUGAAAAAACAGAUUUUUGAAAAUUUCCAACUGUACCGCAGUUUCCAAAGCUAUCAAAUGUGUGACUGACAUCUUCAAAGUAAACAUUCAUAAGACUUUGCUCAACUUUCACCGAACCUGUCUAGCCAAAAACUCCUUUUGAACCCUUUUUGGCUUCGUUGGUGAGUUUGAAGUUUGACUUUUGUUCCUCAUAGCACAAGUUUUUUGAAAAUAUUUUACUUCUUUCUCUCAACUUGAACGAUUGCGAAGAUAGUUGUUUCAAUUAGAGAUCAAAUUUUUUUCGAAAAAAAUUGUACAAUAAUUUGAGGUUUUUAUUUCAGAAAGCUAAGAAAAAAAUCGUAAUGUGAAGCUUUUACUGGACCUUUUUCUGAAAUUUCUUCUUUAAUCCUUUGAUUAUGAUUCUUUCGGGCUAUUUAACAAAUGAAAAAGUUUUUUUUCAUGAAUUUUUUUCAUUGUUCCGGUAAAAAAAUGCUCAAAUCAUUUAAAAAUGCUCAAAUCACUCAAAAAAAAAGUCUGCAGUCGUCAGAAACAGCAAGCUACAAAAACAGAAUUAGAAUUGGAAACAACAGUAGAACAAAUAAUAAGUAUUGAAUAUAGUCAAAAAGAAUUCAAAUUCGGCCUCUCGGGAGUGUUAUCGGUGGAGCGCAACAGUGCCUUAAUAUUCUGCCAACAAUUGCGAAAUUUUCGUAGCUCGUUGUUCUGCACCGUUUUUUUUCUCAUAAAAACGUUACUUCUUACGAUUUUGGGAUAAAAACGAAGCAACAAGGCUCAAAAGUCAAAGUUCAAACUCACCAACGAAGUCAAAAAGGGUUCAAAAGUAGUUUUUGGUUAGACAGGUUCGGGGAAAAUUGAGCAAAGUCUUAUGAAUGUUAACUUGGAAGAUGUCAGUCACACAUUUGAUAGCUUUGGAAACUGCGGUACAGUUGGAAAUUUUUAAAAGUCUGUUUUUCAGAGCAAAAAUUGCUUUUUCAAGCCAUUUGUAAGUUCAAAACAGAGUUUCGGCAGGACAGGUUCGGUGGAAGUCAAGAGAAGUCUCAUGAAUUGUUACCUUGAAGAUGCUAGUUUUAUAUUUGAUAGCUUUGAAAACAGCGGGAUAGUUGAAGAGAGAAAAAAAUUCGACUUUUCGAAGGGAAUCGCGCUUUUCCAAGCAAAAAUUGAGUUCAAAGCGAAAUUUCGGCUGAAAAUGUAGCAUAAAAGUCUCUCCAAAUCCUUUUGAAUAAUACACAACACACUGUAGUAACAUUCUAAAAAGUUUUCACACCAACAUCUAACAAUAGAAAAAUGUGAAAAAUCGUCAACCCCGACCAACCCUAGCCGCCAAGUGCCAAGUUGCGCGCGUUCGGAGUGAAAUCUCGAGAUGUUAGGUUUAGAAAUCCUAAUUUUUUUCUGUGGCAUCGUUUAUAGCAUACUGAAGGACAUAUUCCAUGAAAGUAAUCACGAUGCGAUUCUAUGCCGACGACCAGGGUGACCGAAAAACCGACUUUCCAAACACAAUAACUACCAUAACUCGAAAAUUCCUACAGUAACCCAAGUUGGUAUGUACUGUAAAAGUUUCUAAAAUUGGAUUACGUAUCGAUUGAUAUAUCACUUGCCUAGUAAAAACUUUUCAAUACUUAGAUACGCAGGUGCCCACCUGCCUACCGUAACCCGGCUACAGUAAGAGGAAAUGGCUCAAAAAGUUGCGACCGCAUUUCUGAUGAUGGGUUAUCACACUGGAUGAAGUUUUGUCAAAAUCAAAAAAUAAAAUUUUUUUUAUUGUACCCGUUGCUUUUUUUGAAACUUUUUGAAAAUUACAGAGACAGCGUGUUAAAUAGUGAACGAAGAACCCAAUAAUUCCCUGAAAAAAGCUCUCUAUUGAAAGAAAUGAAUGAAAAAUCUCUCACCCAUACAAUUAUUGGUGAUAAAAAUCCUCAGAAAAAGUCCUUUUCUGUGUGUCAAAAAAAAAUCAAAUUUUUCCUUGCUCAUCUUCCUUUUUGUGACCCCUUUUCGCUUUUGAGAACGAUUUGAUUUUAGUCAUCUGGUUCAGAAAAAAUUUAGAUUCAUCAAAAAUUGGAAGAGACAAUAAAAACAUGUAAACAGGAAGGUCAUGAUGUUGUUGAUUUACCUGGCAGCAGGAGACCAAUCACUGACCUCAUGACUUGUGUUCAGACUUUGGACUUCUUAUUUAUCGCCUUUUCACUAGGAUUCUUAAUGUUUUCCUAAAUUCAUGUUUGGAAUUUGUGAAAAUGGUAAUUUUUAUCGUUUUAAUUUUUUAAUAUAUUCAAUUUUCAGCACGACGGCCCAAAUUCUUACGUCAACCCUCCUGCAGACCAUCGAAACUUACAAGUAGUCUUUGAUUGUAUGUUUUUUUGUGACUGUUUAUUGAAAGAACGAUUAUAAGCUUACUUCAGCUCUACUUCUGGCAUACUAAGUUGUGAAAUUUGAAAACCUAUUUUUUCAGUGGCGCAGCCCAAACGCUACCGGAACAACGCAGAAGCGCCAGUGAGGAAACUGACAACGGAUCUCAUCAAGACUUACAAGCAAAUCAAUGAGGUACUUUUUGAUCACCAAUGAAAAUGAAUUUGAUACUGUACACUUGGGAAACGUUUGAAAAAAAAGUGUUUUAAAUUGACUGAAAAUAUUUGUGGUUUUACGGAAUGUGGAAAGGCUUCACUCAGAAAAAAAGAAGAGCCAUAAAAAAGUACAGCGCGCCGAAAAAGAAUCGAAACAUUUCACAUUUUUUUAUGCAGCAACGUUUUUGGUUGCCUGGAUCUACAUUUCUCCCAUCUUUGCAUGAUUUUGAAUCUUUUUCUUCAUUAUUUCGGCUACAAUUUAAAAAGAAGCUCCUGAAAAAAAGAUUUCUGUUUUUUUGCGUUUUUAUAUAAAAAUUUUUCUUGAUAAUACUUCAUAAGCUGAAAAUGGGAUCCAUAUUAUUACUGCUCCUGUAAUCUUUAAUGGUCUGUAAACAAAUCGGAAAAUCUUCUAGACUUGGUGUUUCUAGUAAUUGCUCGCAAAAAAAAGAAGAAUAAAAACAGGAAACAGGAAUAUAUAGAGAAUUCUUUGACCUAGGAUAUUGGAUGUGCAAAAUCAUGAAAAGCACAAAAUCUUUCACUGCCACAAAACUUGCUCCAAGUCUUUUUUUAGACACCGUUGAACACCUUUCUUUAGGAAAGUUUGCAAAUUUGACAACCUUUAUGUUGGUACGGUACAGCAUUUUCCCACCAGAAAAAGUUCAUUCGGAAAGUUGGCGUCCGGCAAGAAGCGAUGGCCUUUGAUAAGACGUCGCAAAAGACGACGUUCCAAAACAAAAGCCGAGAAGGCUCGACGCCUCACUCUCGCAAAUUGCAUCGUAGCGGCCGGCUCUGCAGAUCCUCCGUUCACUGUUUCACUUUUUCGUUAUAACCGUUGCUCUACGUUGCAUGCCAACAUAGUUCGACCACGCAUUGUUUAUAUCUCCCAGUCAUAACUCCUGCCAACACCCUUUCCCAGGACCCUCAUUGCAUUUUCUGGCCGCCUCCAUGCCGAUUUUGCGCUCGGUUUCAAACGGUUUGCGGAAGACGAGGAACACCCUUGCAAGAACUGCAAGAGGCGUGAGAACCGUGGUUCGAAAUGUCGUGAGUGAUCUCAACACAUCGUCUGGCUUGUAUUCGGUUCUAAAAACACACAUUUUCAGACCUACAGACACUAAUCACAAAGCGCACUUCUCACAAACUUCAAAAUAAAAACUGACGUCAACUUCCCAUCUUUAAAAAAUUUGGGGCGCCAUUAACCUUGUAGGAGCGGUCGACUCAAACUAUUCACGAGCGUUUAAAAAUUAAGCGCUACGAAAUAGUGUAAAAAUGCUAUUUAGGCAUAAUAAAAAGGAGCGUGUAGUUUAAUGACUGUUUUUUGUUGUUUAGGAAUACAGUGGAGUCAGUAAAAGACAGCAGAAAUGUUCAUGAAGCGGCCAAAAAUAAUUCAAUUUUCUGUUUCAAAUUAAAUUGGAAUUUAUAAGCUUCAAUGCGCAGCAAUUUUGCUCAUGCAAGUUUUUUUUUCAGCAAAAUUAUUUUGAUCAGCGAGAUCUUAAUUCCAAUGGGAAUUUCGAUCGAUUAUCCGUAUAGCCGUUCAUUUUGAAUUAGUUGCAGUCGUUCUAUCUGCGCAAGCAAAUCCGUCGGCAAGAGCAACCGCAGCAUCAUCAAAACGCUGCGAACGCUAUUCAGGCGUCGUCCCAUAUGCCCAAUGACCAGACCGCUCAAGGAUCCGGAGACUACGGUCUUCAGAAUGCUGUAAGAUUCAAAUUUUUUUGUCAUUAACCUCUGCAAUCAUUUUUCAGUAUAACUACCAAGUCGGGCCUUCCUCGUACCAAGGGAUGAUGGGCGGCAUCGACCUCGACAGCCAGAGAGCGUGAGUUUCUCUCUGGAAAAAUUGCCUCUACCGUGGGUCAAAGUCUGCGUUUUUUCUCCGACUUAAAAAGGACGCAAACAGCUGCGCUGGUAGACUGUCCAGAUGGCAGUUGAGAUUGUCAACGCGUUCCCUCACUCUCGUCGAAACUUCAAAUGAUGUUCACUACUUUCCUUCGCAUUUCCCUUUCCCGAGUUGCAAGAAUUUUAUUUGCGAGGAACAGCUACCAACCUUGUAGAUGAAAUCUCAGGAAAAUAAAUCUCAUUUUUUUUCAGAAUAGACUUAGAAAAAAAAAUCCCCACUACCUGAUCAGUUUUUCUAUUCCAUCCAAACAUGCGUCCUGAUAUCUCAGAUUUACGAAAAAUGAGUUUCAGCCCGCCCAUUUUCGACAUGAAUGCUCCGCCAGCGUCUCAGAUGGUUGUUCCAGCACCUGCCGCAGGUCAACUUGCUCAGAUGCGCCCUAUUGGCAGCCGGUUUGACAUCUUUCACGCGUAUUAUGAUCAAAGCGCGACAAUUUAGUGGCGGCACUCGAAACGACGGCUACGACGACCACAAUUGCGAUUACAUUCUCAAGAACGGGGAAACUUUUGACAAAAGGUUUGAGGCUUCGGUGCGAGAAAACUCUAAGUUUAAAGUUUAAUUCAGUAAUCAAAUUCUUAGAAGAUUUUCAUUUCGAAACUAAAUAGCAGUAAAUAAAUUUCCGAGUAAGACUUUCAGUUUUCAUCCGUUGGAUGGAAUGAAUUAAGAGAUAGUUUGACUGACUGCAACUUGAAAAUGAAGCAUUGCAUUGAAAAAAUCUUCCAGCCCAAAAAUAAUAAUCUCAGCUCAAAAAAAGAUAGUUGCACUGAUUACAGUUUCAAAACAUAAAUUUUAACUUUUUUCUUGAUGAAAAUUUUUAUUGACUACUUCUGUCUUCUCCAAAUAAAAUAAUUUCUUCCAGAUACGUCAUUCUGAGCGACAAACCUAUUGGAAAAGGCUCAUUUGGUCAGGUGACACGGGCUUUUGAUACGGUCACGAAACAAGAAGUCGCCAUCAAGAUUAUAAAGAACAAGAAAACCUUUUUCGACCAAGCCCAAAUUGAAAUUAGGCUGUUGGAACUGAUGAAUGCACACGAUAAAGAAAACAAGUACAACAUAGGUAACAUAAAAUUUUCUUUUUCUUAUCGAAGAUUUUAUUCCAGUUCUGCUCAAGGGCCACUUUGUCCAUCGCAGUCAUCUCUGCUUGGUGUUUGAACUGUUAUCUUACAAUCUCUACGAUCUUCUCAAAAAUACGAGUUUCCAAGGAGUGUCUCUUAAUUUGACGAGGAAGUUUGCUCAACAGGUCAGUAUAAUACCGUGUCAUGGUCUUUAUCUUGAUCUACAAAAACGAAACAUGCGAUAGCAGAUUUUUUUUCAGUUGGGUAAAACUUUGUUAUUCCUUUCCUCGCCGGAACUCUCAAUCAUCCACUGCGACUUGAAGCCGGAAAACAUUCUUUUGGUCAACGCCAAGAGGUCUCAAAUCCGAAUAAUCGACUUUGGAUCUUCCUGCCAAACGGGUCAUCGCAUCUACCAGUACAUCCAGUCGCGAUUCUACCGUUCACCCGAAGUUUUGCUCGGCGUCGCUUAUGAUACUAAAAUUGACAUGUGGUCGCUCGGUCAGUUUACAUCAAAUCAGAACAAUUCGUAAACUAUUUGCAGGCUGCAUUUUGGUGGAAAUGCACACCGGAGAGCCACUAUUUGCGGGAUCGUCCGAACUGGACCAGAUGAUGAAGAUCGUCGAGGUCUUGGGAAUGCCGCCGAAAGAAAUGCUCGAUGCUGGUCCGAAGACUCAUAAGUAUUUCGACCAAACCGCAGGUUAAUUUUCUCAAUCUGAACCACCUUUUGAAUGCCUUAUUUUCAGAUGGCGUGUACUACUGCAAGAAAACCCGCGACAGCUACAAGUACAACUACAGAGCUCCGGGAACGAGAAAAUUGCAUGACAUUUUGGGAGUGACGUCAGGAGGGCCAGGUGGUCGUCGCAUCGGAGAAUCCGGUCACGCCGUCGAAGACUACAGCAAGUUCAAGGUGAGACAUUCUUCAAGUAUGCCUCAAAUACCGUUGUUCCAGGAUCUCAUCAAGCGCAUGCUCACCUACGAUCCCAAGAAAAGAAUUUCUCCUUACUACGUGGUUCGGCAUCCGUUCUUGAAGGGAAAGAGCAGCGAGUCGAACACUCCACAAACGGUUAGUUUUUCACCUUUCAGAGAAAUAGAGAAACAAGUCAAUUGUUUAGCAGCAGCCCAGUCACGUUGCUCCCUCCUCGGCAGUGAUGGCCUCAUCGCAGCAAAAAAGUAUCGAUUCUUGGAACGGACAGAUGGACGCCGCAGAUGACGUCAAUUAUCAGUAUGGGUAUGUAAAUCGACAAGAAACUUCCUUUUAAUAAUGAACUUCAGUGAAUCAAGCAAGAUGCCUGCGAUGCCGCAAAGGCGCAAGGAUGAGCUGAUGCCGACGUUCAACGAACACUCGCACUCAGCCAGCGACAUCUACAAGCAAACUGCUCCUCAAACGGAUCAGUAUAAACAUUCACAGGUUAGUCUUUGAAACCAAGAGGAUUGAAACUGUUUUUUUGUGAUGGAAUCUUGAAAGAAAAGUAAAUUUUCGGUGAAGAACAAAAGGUGUUUUCCAAAUUUCAGCACCGUCAGAAAAGAUACAAAAAAGGCAAUUUUGGUCACAAAUUUCGUGUGAGGAUUUCAAUCUUCCUGAUGGUUUCUGAAGCUGCUUCUUUGUUUUUGUGAACUUAAAGUUUAUCAGAGCGUUAAAAGAACAUUCAUCGAAAUUCCAGAAAGUUUCAGAACGGUUGAAUCCCUCACAAUGAAAUUGUGACCGAAACCCCGGUUUUUCAUAACUUUUCUGACGGUACUGUAUCUAUCGAUAUUUUCCAUGAAAGUAGACAACAUGAUUGAAAACCGAAUAGUUUGAAAUCUUCAUAUUUUUUUCAUUUUAAACUGAAGUUUCAGGCGCAACAAGCGGCACCAGUGCGUAAUCAGAGUUUUGAAACGACGCGUGUUCCUCAAAGCGCCGCGCCGACCUCAAACAUGACUUCGGCCGAUGCUCGAACUUCUCGACCUCGCGUCGCACCUCGUGUGAACUCGGGCAACCAGUGGUUCUGA